GGAAGAACACAGAAAUAAAAGUGGUUCUGGCCGAACACAACAAAGCCACGAUGGAAGAAUCGAUGGUUGAGACAAGAUCAGUGUCUAAGAUCUUGGUCCAUGAGUCGUUCAGUGAACCAGUACAAUACGACAAUGACAUUGCUCUACUCCGGCUAGACAAGAGGCUUAAGUUUAGAGUCGAUGUUGCUCCGAUUUGUAUGCCACCUUCAGGUGACCAGUUCACCGGAGGACUAGGCCGGGUUACAGGCUGGGGCCACACCAAGGAGGGCGGUCCUACGUCCAUGGAGCUGCUAGAGACCCACGUGGCAGUAAUGGCAAACUCUGCCUGUCACAACUACCCUGGCUACUCUGCUGACAAGGUCACUAGCAACAUGAUGUGUGCAGGAGUCAUGGGGGGCGGCAGAGACACUUGUCAGGGUGAUAGUGGUGGUUCCUUAAUCAUCGAGGACUGGCAAGAGCGAAUGUUUCAAGCAGGUAUUGUGUCAUGGGGCAUCGGCUGUGCCAGGCCUAACCGUCCGGGUGUCUACACCCGAGUCAACGCUUACCUACCUUGGAUCAUCAAACACACCCGAGAAGCUUGCUACUGCUAUUGAACACAUUACAAGCUAACGUUAUACACUAGAAUAUUUACCUUUAUAAGGUAUUUGUAAGAAAUUCUAAUGCUUUAUUAUUAAGCCUUUUAAAAUAUCCACCAUCUACAUUUUGGUUGUAUUUGUGUAAUAUUUUAUCCUUAUUGCUUUGAGUGUUAGUUAAUUGACUAUUAGAUACCAAUAAGGUGAUCAUCCCAUCUCAUACUUUGGAUCUU